AUGGCUUGUUUGUGUGACGAGGGCUCUUCACAGAUUCCGAGAUUUGAAAAUUCGCAAGCCCAGAAGCCCCAAACCCAGCUCCGAUGUUCGGAUCUCUACCGAUGA